AUGCUUCAAAUCACAUCUCUACUGUGCUCCAUUAUGAUUCUUUCAAUUUGUUGCUCGUCGCUUCAAGCGUCGGAGGCUUUCGGCAGGCAAAUCAAGAGCUUCCCAUAUUCGGUAUCGUUCUACCGUAUGCUCGGACACGAUCGACACCUGAGCCCCUAUUACGGUGUGAACGAUGAGGUGGCCGCGCUCAUCGACUCAAUGAACACCGACGAGAAUCCAUCGCAUCAGCGGUACCGAAGGAGCGAUGGUUUGCGAGGUUACGCAUGCCGCUUCAAAUUUUGUAGAAUCUACGACAAUUAG